UGAGGAAACUUCAGAACACAAACCAUACCACCACCAAGCAGUGACUUUUUAUUUGCUUACUUCUAUUCCCAGACCGCUGAAAUUACUGUACAGCUGCUGAGAGAGGGUUCCAUCAUGCAGAGGAGCCAUCUGAGGAUUGAGGAGAAGGAGCUGGAUUUUGAGUUCAAGGUGGUGACCGUACAGUUUAAUGAGCGUGGUCGCUACGUCCUGACGCUAACCGUGGAGAACCCUCUGCUGGAGGACUCCAGUGCUGGGGUGCAGCUGAGGGUAAAUGAUGAAGAGGUCCUCCACACCAGCAGGGGCAGUACUGAGCCCAUUCAGCAGGGAAACCUGGAUGAGAUCUACACCUGUCUGCGCAGCAAGUUUGUCUUCACUCUGCCUAAAGGCUUCUGUAAAAACGACAAAAACCACGAUGUGCGCCUGCGGGUGGAGGCUGUGCGCCUGACAGACUCGCAGUCGUCCGCGGCGGAGGGGGGCGGAGCCAGAGCGGGCGAGGGCUUCUUCGCCAUCUUCCCACGCACCGACGCGCCGCGGAUCAACCUGUUCGCCAGCGGGGAUGAGGAGCUCUACCGCUACAGCGGGAUCAUGGCCCUGCUGCGCGUCCACGACGACUACCUGGCCAUGCACUGCGGUCGGCUGGCCUACGCCGUCGCCUUCCACGAGUCCCGCCCCUCCCCGUCCCCUGCUGAUGAUGUCAGAGGCUCGGCACGGGUGGAUGAUAUGUCCGAAUGGAAGACGCCCAGGGCCCCCUCCCCGGGUCCCUCCUCGAUCCAAGUGCCCCCGCUGGUUUUAGGGUCUGCACAGCUGCCGAACCACCCAGCUGCAUCUAGUGAUCCUGCCCAGCCAGGGGACCCCAAGACUGCUCGUGUGACCCCUCAUCCUUCCUCCCGCCCUGCACCCCAGUCCCACCUGAAGCCUGAAAUAGAACCAGAUGCCAAAAUGGACACCUCCACUGAGGACCUGCCCACCUUUCCCAGGAAUGAGGCUCCCUUACCCUCACAGCGGCGACCCCCCGUCCUGACCCUCACCCCAGAAAAAGUGCCCCGCCCUCUUCAUGAGGACAUUGACACCCAGGGCCCCCGGUUGCUUCCACCCACGCUUGUGACUGAGACGCCUCCAGAGAGGAAUGAGGAUUCCUGCUCCCCCCUGUCAGGUGACUGGCAAGUGUCCUACCCUGGGAGGGGGGCCAUAACAGUCACCCUGCACGGAGCCAGCAGCCUGCCCCCUCGAAGUGAUGGUGGGGUGCCACGCCCAUUCGUUAUUGUGAAGUGUGGCACAGUGAAGGACGAGGCCCAUGGACCGAGAGGCCUGGGGGUCACCCACUGCAGCCUGCAGCCCACACACUGCCCAUCCUGGGGGGAGAAGAUCACAGUCGAGCUGCAGGAUGAGCAGGCCCAGGGGGAGGUGCUGACCCUCAGUGUAGCUGACAGUCAGAGCCGGGAGCUGCUGGUCUCUUACCAAAUCCCAGCGGAACAUCUGGUACCUUUUCACCACUACAACCUGGAGCUCCUGCAGGAACACAGCUCAGUGCCUGAGGGAGUUCGGCUGUAUGUAUCCCUGGUACGGCGGAUCAGCAUGCUACCCAGACUGCCCCAUUUUUCCUUCACCGGCUUUGAGGUGCUGCUGCAGGCCCUGGAGAGGCCCCUUAGAGAGCCGGCGGGUCCUCUGGUUGCCGUGGCGCGCAUCGUCCCAGACUACGAUUCUUACAGAGACUACAUGCUCCUGACCCCUCGUGCAGCCGGCAUUGCUAUGACCUCAGUGACCUUUCCCCACCCUUCUGACUUCGCCUUUGCUGUGCCCCCACUUUCCAGCCAGGGCCAACUACAGGUGUCUCCCGCCGGGGUUCCUGAGGAACAGCCAGUGUGGAACCACUGCUUCCUGUUCCUCGGUCGGGACUGCGCCACUAUUUUUACGGGGGAGGCCGCUCUGGUCCUGGAAUACUACCCCACCACCACAGUGAUGAAUUCAGUCAGCUGGUACACCUGCAGUCCCAUAGGAUUGUCUGCUCUGAUCCUAGAUCAGCAGCUCUAUGGGAAGCUGAUGUCAGAGACAGGGCUGAAGGGCCUGAGAGUGGAACAGCUCCCCCUGCAGGGCAGCAAGCUGAAGACCACAUCAGAUACCACUCCCUCUGUGGGCAUCAUUCUCCGUUUGAUUGGCUCAGAGCGUCCAGACUCACUUCUGACAGAAGUGGUCCCCAGCGUGCUGCCCUGCCUGGAUUUGGAGCCCUUGGAGGAGGCUGGAGCACCCUGUGUCCCUGAGCGCCCCCCUGUCCCGCCUCUGUUACCGGAGGAGUGCGUCACUCUCGAAACAGCCACUCCCGUCACUGACCGCCACGCCCAGCUGCAGCUAUCGUUCCAGAGGAAAGGGCUGGGCCUGCCGUCGUACGACGCCCUGGCGCAGAUCCUGCCUGAGUACCAGCACCUGUUCCGGGCUCCGAAGGCGGGGCCUCAGCACGCCCAGCAGCCUAAGCCCCGACCAAAGGGCGGACCUACGGAGAGUGAGCCUCAUCCUUCCCAGGACAGCCACGCCCUGAACGAGACCUACAGACUUCCAGCCACACACACGCGGAACCCUGCCCCUGAGACUGAAGAUGACCCCAACACGGCAGAGGUCGCUGAACACCAGACAAGAGAGCUGGAGAACUACCGCACGGCCAUGCAGAAGAUGGCCGAUGACAUCAUCACUCUGCGCAGGCAGGUGGGGGAGCUGGAGUCAGAGAACAGCCGUCUGCGAACUGACCUCUCCCUCCACCACGAUGUGGGCCGCACCCUGCUGGACGACACUGACAUCGACGUCAUGACCAAGGCCGAGAUCGCCGACCGCAUCAUGUCGCUGAAGUUCAAGCUGGCCAGCGAGACGAGCACAGCAGCCACGCAGAGGGACAAGAUCCAGCAGCUGCAGAAUGAGCUCAUCAAGAAGAACGACGGUGCUAAGGAGCUGAUUCGGCUGCAGAGGGCCCACCAGCAGCAGCAGGCCGCCCUGCAGCGCUGUCAGAACCGGCUGGCCCGGGCGGGGGCCCUGGAGGCCACUGUGCGCCAGCAGGAGAAGGUUAUAGAGAAGAUGGAGAAGGUGCUGGACAAUAAGCUGAGGGGGAAAAAUAAGGAAAAUGCAGAAAAACGCAAACAAGGGAAAAAACCAGCUGGUGAGGAGGACAAUAGAAGGAAGGAGAUUGAGUCGGUGCUGGCCGCUGAGAACUCACGCCUGAGGGCGGAGCUAGAGAGGCUCCGCCUCCAGCCGCUGCCCAUAAUCAUCCAACAACCAAUGCAGAAACAGGUGGUUUUCCCAGACAGUGAAAGACUGAGUCUCCUGAGCCAGCUAGAGAGAGCAAACGCACGGAUACGCACGCUGGAGAGCCAGCUGAAUGAGAACUCCAGGCACUGGGGGAAAGAGAAGCAGGACAUGCUGACCAGGUUGAGCGAACAGGACCACGGUUUCACCCGCACAUCGAGCAUGAUCUUGCACAAUCUGCCUCUGAAGAGUGCCUCUCUCUCUGCGAUGGGUCCUCCUGGCCGACACAGGCAGCUGGACCCGCUGAAGUAACCUACUCUCCGUCACUCAUGUUGUGCAGAAACCACAGGCCCCAGUCAAAAGCCUAGCUCCUACUGUUUGUCAACACACAAAAUGUUACAUCAUUUUCUUUUGCAUCUUUAAUACAUUUAAUGCAUUCAUUAAGCAAUUUAAACAUAUAUCAUAAGUCAUUCCGUUCAAAAAAUGUGUUUGCAUGCAAUUGUGCUUGUUUUAACAUUAAUGGUCUUGUCUGUGGGCUUGUCUAUAAGUUGUGAAUAGACUUAUACUGAAAUAGGGAAGUUAUCCAAAAAUGAUGCAGCAGAAAUCAAGAAAUCAAGGUGAUGUGAUUGCAUGUGAUUUCAGCAGGAGGAUCAGGCACUGCUGACGGUAUAUUGAUAGUGAUUUUGCUACACUUGAACAGUCACCAGAUGGCAGUGUUGUCCUCUUUUUGGCAAGACCGCAACAGCGGGGCCAGCCCUACGAACAUAGAAUGUCUGUGACUAAGUGACUGAGUGAGUGACUGAGUGCGUGAUGAAGUUACACCAUUGGUCGACCGGAUGAUGUGUGUUAGGUCUAUACUAGGUUUUGACCUGGUCUUGUUUAAAGCUCUUCUAACCUAAUUUAGUUUUAUGAUAUGCGAAAGGAUUACUGAUUAUAUGGUUUUAGCUUGGGCUGCACUUGAAUUUAACAUAUUUGAGGUGAGUAUCUCUGUAAAGCAUAAGGAUCCACUUUAUGUAACUGUCUGAAUUGCUCAGCUCAAUGUCAUCUUGAUAUUGCACUUUUAAUUUAUAACAAUGUGUCAGUUUACAAAAACAUUUUAUUUUGCUAUUGAGUAACAUUUUAUACUAUUUUACAUUUGGCCUGUAUUUAAUUUUAUACUACAUAGAGCUGUGGGUGCAGAUUUUGAACAGUACAGGGGGGUUGCUGGGUGACACUGGGUGUCAUGACGGUAAAGGCACUAAUCUAGUGCAUGAAUGGGCUCCAUGAUCUGAUAUGGAAUUCAAAUCAUGCUGCGUCAACUGUGGCUGGCAAUCCUGCAUGGUGACACACACAACUGGCUCUAGCAUCGCCGAGGGGCGGGAGGGGUUAAGUCAGCCACCCCACCCCACCCCAGUCAUCAAUUGGGUGUUCGGACGUCAAUUGGGUGUUCUUGUGAAUGUCAGCUGCAGCUUUCUGAUAAAAAGCUUUCUGAUAGAAAGCUGCGGCUGACAUCACAUGCCACGAAGGAGAGCACAUUCUUGCGCAGAAGUGAUGGAGGCUGAUAAAAGAUGAUUGGGCAUUUCAAACUGCAGAGAAAGGGGGUCAAAUCAAUUUAUUU